GGAUCCAUGUUGUACCUGACUCAGUAAACAGGGAAAAUCACAGAGCUGCUCUCUGAGCGUCACGCGGGACAUCUGCUGUUUGCACGGAGCAGCACACAGAGCAGCACGAGACGACCGCCUUCAGACGCCACAAAUGACUGAAAACACGUUUAUUUUUACCACGAGAGGAAAACUGGAGGACGAGGAGAAGAAACAAGAGUCAUUUAUUUUACUGGAAUAAUUAUUUUUGUUUUCAGAUGUCUGCAGAGGAAACACUGAGGAGCUUUGACUAGAGUGAGUAAGAGCUGCUUUUACAGACAGAUUUAGUAAAUUUCAGCUCUCUGUUUUUGUGUUUUUCUCUAAAAUAUUUAACCCUCCUGAGGGAAACAGUCAUUUAAAAUAAGUAUAGGAUCAUUUUACAGGUGAGCAUGUUCAUCAGGGUCUUUCAAUCUGCGACUGAAAUGUCAUUUCUCCAUGGUUUAACUCCAAAUAGUAAAGCAAAAAUGUCUUAGGAUUAGAUUGUUUGGAGGUAUUUUUAUUUAAAUAUGUAUUUGCAUCAAAAUUAAGGAUAAAUUACACUGUACUUUUAUUUAUUUAUUUAUUUCUGCUGCCUGUCCUUCUGUCAGCAGACCUAUAAGGAGCGAUCUUGGCUCCUGCAGCCGUUUCCCCCUGCAGGGCUGAGCUCUUUGGCGAGCUCGCCACUUCCUUAGCAGAGGGGCUGCUGGCAGGGGCAACAUCUGAGCAGGUACCUCAAACAAACAGAGGAGUGAUUUAACCAGGUUCAGACAUGUUAUUCCAGCUCCUUUUAUAGAUUUACAUGUUUGAGAAAUAUAAGAAAUGUGAUUAAAACCAAAAUAAGUUGAACUCUUCGCAAAUAUUCAGUUACUCGGGAGGACUAAGAAGAGGUUAAAGUUUCACUUUGUGGGAAGAGAAGAGGCUGACGUCCCUUUUUUGUCUCUUUUGUGUGAAUGCAACUCUAUCUCAUGUUGUAAAGGGCAGAGUGAAUCCCACACAAAAGAAAGCUCGCUCUGUUCUCAGUGGACGCUCUUUUCUGUCUCUCCUUCAGGUCAUGCAGGCUGCAGAAAUUCGUGCACAUUACCAUCAGAGUGUUUGCAAACUGCUUUGUUUGUGUCUGUUCCUGCAGGUCAUGAAGCCUCAAGAGGCCGAGCUCGUCACUGAGAUCUCAAAGGUAUUCCUCAUCACCGUACCUGUUCUGUUAAAGAGACAGUACACCUCAGGUUCAGAUCCUGCAGCUCAUGGUAGAUAAAUAAAGUUUCAGUCCCUCAGUAUCGGCGAGGAUUUCUGACCUCUAUUUGUCCUUGUGUUUUCAGCUACAAUGCAUGGUGUCGGAGCUGAAGACGGGCUUCACCAGCGCUCUCCUGGAGCUCAGUCAGAUCCAACAUGGAGACACGUACCUGAGGGAGGAGCUGGAGGAGAACAGGAGGAGCUGCCAGAAGAAAGCUCAUCGUCUGGAGACUCUGGUGGAGUCCCUGAGGGUGAGAGGAACCAAGUGUUCAGAGACAAGAUCUUCUUAAAUCAACAGAACAGUUUUUAUGUUUAUGCACUUUUUCUGAAACACUUAAACUGAGAGGAACUUCCUUUUGCAUGAAAAAACGAUGAAUCUCUCUGAGUUUAAGUGACGUUAAAGUCCGGUUUUCCUGCAGGAGGAGCUCGGAGUGAUGCAGUGUCAGAUCUUACAGCUGUACAGCAACAAACAGAGACCUCUGCAGGACGGAAAGAGCUCCACGUGCAAACAGAGAGACAGGUAAAGGUGGAAAAAGUCACCUGUGAUCUGGAUAUUCUUUGUGUUUGAACAAAUCAGCAUCUUUCUACUCAUGUCUGACCUCAGGCUGGAAAUGAAGACUGAACAUGUCUGUAUGAGUGCUAAGAGAAGUCAUCAGGUUGUAAACAUGCAAAAGAACUUUUAACCGUCUGUUUACAGCGGCGAUCCCGCAGAGCCGCCGUGUGAGCAGAAUCCGAGCGGGUGUGCGUCCGCUUCGACCGCCUGUCUGUCCAGAGGAAAACUGCUGCUGCACUGUUUCCUGCAGGGACUGAAAGCAGGACUGAGUGAGGGCACAGGUGAGGAGGGGGUUACCUGUCUGUUUACAGCUGAUUAACUUAAAUACAAACAUCAUAGUUUGUUUGUUUUUGUUUUUGUGAAUAGACGCACGACAUCAGGUGGCGAUGCAGCUCCUUCACUCUGAGUGGGAGUACGUGUCGACUCUGAACCAGCUCUACGAUCGGUACAAGAAUCUGCCGCCUCACCAGAUGAGCGUGGAGCCGCAGUAAGUCUCAGAGUCACUGACAUGAAUGGAUCUGGAUGUUUUUGUUGACUUUUUGUUGACUUUGUUUGUGUCGAUGUGCAGUCAGACCUACCUGAAGUUCGUGGAGCAGCUGCUACAGCGACAUCUGCUCUUCAGAAACACGCUGCAGGAGCGACUCUCCGCUGAACACUGGAAAUCUCUGGUCGGAGACAUCCUGGUGCAGCUGAUCGGGCAGAACGAUGUGAGUGGACGCUCUAAAAAACACAAACACAGGAGAGAGAGGAGACUGAUCGUGAAGGAGAUGAAAACGUGUUUUUGAUGUUUCCAGACGGCGUUUUCAGACAUGUAUGUUGGAUACACGACGACCUUGGCUUCUUUCCUCUCGCUGGAGUUUAACCGACUGAAUCAUUCAGAGAAAAGCAGCAAAACGCAGGUAUGAGAGAGUGAAGGAACAGCUGUUUUUUAAAGGGUUAAUACAGAUAAAGUCUGAAGUUUAAAAAUGUCCUUGAGUCUGUGAAUCAUGAUGAAGAGUGUUUUCUGUUUUCUGUGUUUAGAGCGGACAGAUGGAGAGAGAGGAAAUGAAGCUGCUCUCUCUGCUGUUGGCUCCUGUCUCUCGGGUUCACAGCUACCUGAGUCACAUCCAGGUGAGUCAGCAGCCUGAUGUCCAACUCUGAGGAAACACCAUCAGGGUGGAUUUAGAGAGGAUUUUAGAGAGGACUAAACUCUGUCCAGUAAAACUGAUCAGAGUUCAGUCCGGUCCAGCUGCUUUAAAAUGAAGAUUUGCUGCUUUUCUUCUUCGUUCAUGAGAGCAGAUGUCAGGAUUAUAAGAUAUUUAAAGAUCUGAUCUGGAUCUCUCUGAACUUCUGAGGAGCUCAGACUGAAUCUCCGUCUUCUCCUUCUCCAGAACUUGUUGCAGUGGACGAGUAAAGAGCAUCCGGACUGCAGCCUCCUGCUGGGGACCGAGCGAGCGCUGAGGAGCAUUUUAUCUCGCUGUCACGUCAUCCUGGAGGAGGGCGUCCGAUGGGGGGGGGAGGAGGGGGGCGCAGGUCAAAGGUCAGGAAACACAGACGAUCUUAAACGUCUCUAACACCAGAUCAGAUAUUUGUCAUCAUAAGCGAACGAAGAUGAAACUCUAUUUCUGUUCUCAGCAGCUGCUCGGAUGCAGCAGCUGCUGGACCGUCUGCUCACUGUUGUAGGAGGAACCAGCAGCCCAGAGAGGGUCAGCAGGAGUCCAGCUCUGCAGCUCACAGGUGAGGGUCGCCCUCUGCUGGCUGCAGACAGAACAGCAAGAAAGAAAUCAGCAGAUGGACAGAUUUCUACUGCGAGUUCAUGAGUGAUUUAGAACCAUUAAAUUCAGUUUUUGUGAAUAUUUAACCAUCUUAACUGUCAGAAGGUUGGUGCUGUCUAGUCCAUGUCAAAGUAAAGCUCCUCCCCCGUCUCUUACCCAUAACCACUCUCCUCCUUCUCCUCCUCCUCCUCCUUCUCCUUUUCCUCUCACAGAGACCACCAGCAGCCCGCCGGCCUCACUAACGGAGUCGACGGCUGUCACUCGAUGCGUCUCGAGUGCUGGUCCUGUAGUCCAGUGAGGAGGAAGACCUGCGGGAGAGACCAGACGAUCCAGAACCAGCCGGCCCGGGACUGUGGACACGCCUACUGCUCCCUCCUCACCCCUGACGCCACCGGCUGGGGGGAGAACAGCGACUCAGGUCAGGGCACCUUCAGCCAUCCCACUGGGAAGGGAACCAGUGAGCUGGGGGCGUCUCACACCAACCACAGCCUGGAGGACUGCGAGACUGACCCGGACGACACCUCGGCCUUCGACUACUCCUCAGUGACCUCCUGCAGCCCUGACGGCACGCUGCGAAGAGAGACCAUGUGCAGUAACAGCGGGGAGGACGAGGAGGAGGAGGAGGAGGACAGCCAGGUGCCGGUGCUGCUGAAACCCUCGUACAGCCAACAGCAGCAGAGGGAGGCGCCCAGAGAGAGGACUGUGUGUUUGAGGUGGCAGAUCCCCAGACUGACCCCACACCCUCCUCUGAGGAACACCGCGGGGCCGUGUGCGGACGGGCCCACGCCGUGCCUUGUCAGCUCCUACGGGAAGAGGCUGGUCAGCGUGAGGAAGGGGUCUCCUCCUCUUCAUCCAAAAAGUGCCUUCAGGCCCAUCUGGGACGACCCGUCCAAACAGUUGGUGAGUUUUCUUCUAACGUAUCACCAACUUCAGAUGUUAACAUCAUCUUCAGCACAUCAUCUGAUCAACACUUCUUCAUUUUCCUGACAGCUCUGACUGCGUCUCUUUGUUUUCCUCUCUGUGUCCACAUCACUUCAUGUCCUCCAGGCUGAUUCGGCUCCAGAAAGAGACAACAGACAAGGUUUCAUCCCGAUUCAAGGAGCAGCGAGGCAGAGCUUUCAGAACUUCAACCCCAGCAGAGAAAACCUGAGGUAGGAGCUUGAAACACAAAUAAAUACAGACAUUAAUAAUCAUGGAUGAAUCUUGUUUUACCUGUUUCGUCUCUGCAGACCGGGCCUGUCUCAGCAGCGAGGUGCUAACCAUGCAGCAGCCAUAAACAGUGGAGGAUUAUGGGACGACAGCGAGGACAGCGAGGGACCCUGCAGCACAGUUUAAAGUUACCCCUGACAUCUGGACACCAGGAGGAAUGUGAAAAAAAACUGUUACACACAAAAACUUUAAAGUUACAAGAAAAUUUGAGGCCAUGUUGUGAUGCUGAGACUGAGAUGAUGAGGCUCUUACAGGAAAAAACACUGAAACAACAAAAUAUUUUCACUACUUUCAGUUAAAUCUGAACCUUUAACAUUUAACAUCUUCUGAUGGUGCGGUACAAACUCUCAGGUGUGUCAGAACUUAUGAAUAAAUAUGAGGUAGUUGCAUUUUUGUCAAGCAACUAAAGGAUAAACUGUAUUUUCUCUGUCUUUACAUUUACUUGGAAAUAAGAUUUCUGCAUUAAAACCACAUGAAGAGUCUGUGAAAUAUGUGUUUUUU